AUGCCAUCGCCAACAGAGAUGAAGGAUCUCCCUGAUGCGUUGAAGAAUGUACCUGAAUUUUCUGAGCAGGUCAUUCGAUGGCUCACUCAGGACACACACCGUCUCCUUGAUCGAGACUGGGCCUCGUUCUACACCAGCAAGCCGAAACGGACGGCCAAGUCGUCAAAAGGGAAGACGGUUUCUUUGGAACGUAUUUACCUCUUCGCAGUUGGCGGUGACAAUUUUCAGACGUCUCACACGCGCGGCAGUGUCCCUCCUGGGGACGAGGCCUUGCUUCCAGGCUGCCGGACAAACAUGAAACUCAGCACUCUGCUGGAAUGGGCCGUGGGGAUCCAGCAUAACGCUACAGAUCAGGCUGCCAAACUAUUCACCCGCAUCGCCUUGAGUCUGACCAAAACCCGGGCGACCGUCGUGGUAGCGCACCAAGAUAUUCGUCACCGGGACAAGGACUUGGGCGAGUCCCAGCAUGUGAUGAACGACGGAGCUGCCCGUAUGUCGCGAACCUUGGCCAAGAAAAUCGCCGACCACCUUGAGUUGGAUGCCACCCCGGCCGCUUACCAAGGCCGCUUUGGAUGUGCCAAGGGCAUGUGGAUCGUUGAUGUCCGGGAUGACGGACUUGAUGGCGACGAGUGGAUCGAGACGUAUCCGUCACAGCGCAAAUGGAAAUGUCCGUUCGAGGACCCUCAACACCGUACGUUCGAAGUGAAGGACUGGUCCCGCGAACUCCGGACCGCAGUGUUGAACCAACAGUUCAUCCCGGUUUUGGAGGCUUGCGCCGUGGAUGAGGACCGCAUGAGGAAUGCUAUAGCUGCUCACUUGACCAACAGUUUGCGCAUGGAACUCGAAGCCGGGAAGACAGCCCUUACCAAGCCGACCGAGAUGCGCCGAUGGCUGACGCAGUUCGGCCAGGCCAGUGAAACUAAAUCGCACAAACCUUUCAUGGGCGGCCUACCUAGCUCUGAUGAAGAUGCGGUAGCAUACUUGCUCGACGCUGGAUUCGACCAACGGCAAAACUGUUUCGUCCAGGACCUCUGCGUGGCCCUGGUCAGGAAGAAAAUGGAAACUUUGAAGACGAAGAUGCAUGUCCGCGUGCCCCGAUCUUCGUACCUCUUCAUGGUUCCCGAUUUCUGGAACAUUUUGAAGGAGAACGAAGUGCAUGUGUCGUUUUCGAACCGCUUCCAAGUCGACGGCUUCUCCGAUACCCUUCUGGAGGGCAUGGAUAUCCUCGUGGGCAGGUCUCCUGCGCAUCUGGCGAGCGACAUCCAGAGAGUUCGAGUCAUCUCACACACGACACUUCGAAGACUGAAAGAUGUCAUCGUUAUGUCUACCAAGGGCACAAUGUCCCUCGCUGAGAAGCUGUCCGGUGGUGAUUAUGACGGGGACAAGGCGUGGGUGUGCUGGGACCGCGAGAUCGUCGAUACAUUUUGCAACGCCCCGGUGCCUGCCGGCCUGAAGGUCGCUAGCUUGGUGAAGAAAAACUACCUGGAGAGGCUGGACGUGACGGUGAAGUCUUUGACGACGAGGCCGAACGUUGAGGAGAUGUGCACCCGAUUCGUCUACACAGCAUUUAGCUUUCACAUGGAAGCGUCUCUCCUUGGCACUGUGACCAAUUACAAGGAAAAGCUGAGCUACCACCGGGGCUCUAUCAUGGACGAAAGAGUCGUUUGGCUCAGCAACUUUCUUAGCCAUUUGGUGGAUCAGGGCAAGCAGGGGAUAAAGUUUACACCCGACCACUGGGCCAGGGUUCGGAGAGAGCAGCUCCAAACCCCCUUGCAUCUAGACGAUCCAGACUACGCCUUGGAAAGGCGAGUGUCAAAGCCGUCCAAGCUGCGGCGAUUGAGGGACCACAUCCUAGACCAUCUCAAGUUUAGCGUUGGUGUGCCAGCCAUCAGCUUCGCCCUUGCGGACUUCGAGAGAACUAUCAAGGGCAAUGGAGGGGAAUGGUUCGACGCGGAUCUGACCAAACCUGCGAACGACUUUGAGCAAGUGUGUGGAUCGUGGGCCGAUGGGAGAAAGGUCCUCAGGAAGCUCCGACACGACAUCGAGGAAGUGGUGAGCGCCUGGGGCCUGGCUAUGGGGCAGCUUCGAGAGUCCAUGAAAGACUACUCGGGCAAGGUCAAGCUGAUCUACGAGAUGUGGAUGAGUAUUGCCCCUGCUGAUGAUGUCCAGUCCUCACCGCGGGUCAGUGCCCUAACGGAGCCAUGGGUAGCAGACCCGAAAGCCAAACGAUGGACGCUGCUCAAAGCCUCUCUCACUUUCAAGAUCUACUACCGCAAGUUACCCAAAUUUGUCUGGAGGGUUGCUGGACGCCAACUCUGCGAGCUCAAGUGUCUGGCCAACGGCGCACAUAGCGGCUCCUCGUAUGCCUUCGUCAACCCGGAGAUGUACGCAAGUCUGCGGCCGAGCAAGACCUUCACCACUCAGCUCGCGAUCCGGGAGAACGGCGCCGAGACGGCAGAAAGCAUCGUUGCGUCGGUGAACGAGCUCUUUGACGGAGAGGAGUGGGCGGAUGCUUACGACUGA